UGCUCGGUAACCAGUGGUUUGGCUUAUUUUAUUUCAUUUAUUUAUUUUAUAUGAUUUUUUUGCAUACUGUUCACUUUUACAUAUCAAUAUGUUUUUUACUGAAAAUAGAAAAAAAUCUAUUAUAAAUAGAGCAGAAAACAUAUAUUUAGCAAGUGUCUUUCUUCUUCGUCUGUAUUUCAUACCGGAAGACGAAGAAAAAGGACUUCCGGUGUCAUGCCGGCUCCGUCUUGAGCCUCGUGGGUUGAAGAAAAGGCCACUGCAGAUGGCGAACAUGUCGGAGAAAAGCCGCGGUGCCGCGUUUGCAGAGCAGCAGCUUCUGCGUCACGGCUGGGAACACGGUAAAGGCCUGGGCCGUGCAGAAAAUGGCAUUUCGGAGCCCAUCAAAGUGAAAGUGAAGUGUGACAAAGGAGGAGUGGGCCACAGGGAAGGAGAGCAGUUCAGCUUCCACUGGUGGGAUCACGUCUUCAACAAGGCCUCGUCCAGCCUGCAGGUCCAGGCCCAUCAGGACGGAAUCGAGGUGAAGAAGACGACAGAGGAGGAAGAGGGCGGCAGCAUCUCCAACAGGAAACCGCGGAAGGCUGCGCUGGCGAGAGACAAACUGUACGGAUGCUUCGUGAAGUCUGCCACGCUGCUGGCGGGUCAGGAGCAGCCUGAGCCAAAGAUGGACGACAGCAGCAGCAGCAGCUCAGACGAGGAAGAGGAGCAGAAACUGGACCUCUCCAGCGUCAACAAGUUAUCUGAUGCUGAUCUGAUGAAGGCCUGCGGGGGGCGCACUGCUCACAAAGGAGCGCGGCACGGCCUCACCAUGAGCGCCAAGUUAGCCCGACUGGAGCAGCAGGAGGCGGAGUUCAUGGCCCGGUACGGACAGAGGAACCAGCCGGAACGUUCUCCUCCAGUUUGUGUCGCAGAGAGUUCUCCAAGCCCAGACGAGGAGGUAACCAAGGAGCGCAGAUCGAAAAAGAAGAAGAAGAAGAAAUCUGCUGAGAGCUGUGAGGAUGACGUCUGCUCUGCAAAUGAUGAAGAGCAUCAAACAAAACAGAAAGAAAAGAACGCACAAGAACGAGUACAUUCACCUGCAGCUGAGACUCUGAAGGAAAUGUGUGAACCGCUCACUAAAGUCAAGAAGAAGAAGAAAAAGUCCAAACAUCACAGUGAACUCGAUGAGGAAAAUCCUAAUCCUGCUGAGUUAGAGGAAGCAGAAGUAACCACGACAACCAAGAAGAGCAAAAAGAAAAAGCAGAAAAAGGAAAAACAAACGAACUUAAAUCCUGCUGAUGAGGAGGAGGCUCCUCCAAAGAAGAAGAAGAAAAAGUCAAAGACAGCGGACUGAUGACGGCGGUCUUAGAUUAGUUUGGAAUUGUUUUGCUGAGUCAUGGUCUAAACCUCAACUUUAUUCUUCCAGCUUUAAGAAAACGAUGACUCUGCUCCUUAGAUGAGAACUUUAACAAACUCUGACUGAGCGAGUCGAAGACUGUUUUUAAAUAAACAUGCAAAACCACUGAGAUAUGAUCUUAUUGGUGCUGCUGUUUCUGAUCGUUUUUUCUCAUUUUCAAUUUAUCAUUCAAAACAUCUGCAGGAAAUUCACGAAAAACUCGUCCAGAUCACCAAAUGAUUGACAGUUAUAUUCAACGUAAUGUCAACCCUCAAACAGCCAGUGUCUCACCUGAAUCCAUAAAAAUUAAGUUGAUUAAAUUAAAGUUAAUGCAUAUCCUGAUUUUUGCUGUUUUGCUGUACCCUUUGAACAAAUGUUAUUCUUUUGACAUA